UUAUUUUUGGCGAGGGUUAUUUUUAUAAAAAAAAAAUUAUCCCCUAGAGGAAAAAAUAAAAAUAAAAACAAUAUAACGCAAUAAAAGAAUAAUAAAUGGUAUGUAAUACCACACCGUAUCUAAUGGUGGGGAGCGAAAUUGCGUCCUCCCCUCAGCUCUGUCCCUUCCAAUUUUCCCUCACUUUCCUACCCCAGCAAAAUUUUCCCGGAAAAUAUGACAGACAAAAAACCCAUCACAAACCCAAAAACCCAUGCUAGAAAUUCCCCAUACACUUCACUUUCUCACUAACCAAACACUCCAAAUCCCCAGACAACACGCACCACCAUCUUCCUCAAAACCCAAGAAAACCCACCCAUCCAUUUCUUCGCUUUUCCACCCUCCCAAAAUAUCUGUACGGACACCAUGACCUGAUAGAAAUCCAAUAGUGUUUUGUAAAUACAGUGAAAUUUAGGAGAACAUAUGGGGGCGUCGCUCUCGAACCUGACGGAGGGGACGAACGGGUUGGGUCAUGGACCGGGUCUUGGAGACAUACCCGAGAGCUGCGUGGCCUGCGUGUUCAUGUACCUGACUCCGCCUGAGAUUUGCAACCUUGCUAGGCUCAACAGGGCUUUUCGUGGUGCGGCGUCGUCUGAUUCUGUUUGGGAAUCCAAGUUGCCCCCAAAUUACCAUGAUCUACUCGAUUUGUUGCCUCCUCAGAUGUACCAGAACCUCUCUAAGAAGGACAUCUUUGCUUUGCUAUCUCGCCCUAUACCCUUCGACGAUGGCAAUAAGCUGGUAUGGAUAGACAGGGUCACGGGAAGGGUUUGCACUUCGGUUUCCGCGAAGGCCAUGGCCAUCACGGGGAUUGAAGAUCGCCGAUACUGGAACUGGAUUCCCACGGAAGAAUCUAGGUUUCAUGUGGUGGCUUAUUUACAGCAAAUAUGGUGGUUCGAAGUGGAUGGGGUGGUGAAGUUCCCUUUUCCUGCUGAUAUCUAUACUCUUUCUUUCAGGCUUCACAUUGGAAGAUUUUCAAAAAGAUUGGGACGGCGUGUUUGCAAUUUUGAGCACACCCAUGGUUGGGAUAUAAAGCCAGUACGAUUUGAGUUAUCAACUUCAGAUGGACAGCAAGCAUCAUACGAAUGCUGCUUGGAUCAAAUCGAACACGAUGAUGCAUAUGGAAAUCAUAAGCGCGGGUGCUGGGUUGACUACAAGGUUGGUGAAUUUACCGUCACCGAUUCAGAUCCUGUAACUGAAGUUAGAUUUUCCAUGAAGCAGAUCGAUUGCACUCAUUCCAAAGGUGGGCUAUGUGUGGAUUCUGUUUUUAUUGUCCCCAGUGACUUGAAAGGGCGGAAAAGGAUAGGAGUUUUGAAGUAGCCAUAUGCUGAACAGGGAAGUUUAUUCACAUCAGUGAUCCCACAAGAAUGAAGCUGGGAUUUAUGAUACAGCUUAUACUUCUAAAGGCAUAAGAUGUUUUAGAGGAUGUCAUCUUAUUUGGUUUUUGUGGUAGGUGUGUGUCCUCUAUGGUUGUGUAACUUCACUUUGAUGUAUUUGAUCCAGUUUUGUUCCAUUUUAUACCUCUUCAGAUUAGAUUAAGUGAAUAUACUUUGACAUUACCUUGUUUGUAUCAGUUGCUCACUGUAAAGCAUUUUGUAACUUAGAUGUGAUGUCAAUCAACACUGUUUCUUCAUUGGUUACAUAGAUCAUGCUUAGAUUUUUGGAAA